UCUCAGGAAACUGGACAAUGACAGUUUGAGUGGAUUUCGAAAAAUGUCUGAAGGUUAGCGGGCAGCAUCUAUCUUCUGCCUUUUCCCACUCUUUACAAAAGAAUAAAUGGGAUGUUUGAGAAGAGAGCUAUAUUAAAAGAAGAGUGUUGCAAAUGGCUUCAGAAUCUGUGAAUGCAAAACAAGCUAGGAAUCACUGCACAAAGGGGAAAAGGCAGCAGCAGCAAAUAAAGAAUAGGUCUUCAAUUAGUGAUGGUGAUGGAGAAGACUCCUUUAUCUUUGAAGCAAAUGAAGCUUGGAAAGAUUUUCAUGGUUCCCUUCUUCGGUUUUAUGAAAAUGGAGAACUCUGUGAUGUCACACUAAAGGUUGGCUCAAAGCUAAUCUCUUGUCACAAACUAGUAUUGGCUUGUGUUAUCCCCUACUUCAGAGCCAUGUUUCUCUCUGAAAUGGCUGAAGCCAAGCAAACACUGAUUGAGAUCAGAGAUUUUGAUGGUGAUGCAAUAGAAGACUUGGUAAAAUUUGUCUAUUCUUCACGGCUCACUUUGACUGUUGACAAUGUCCAACCUCUCUUAUAUGCAGCCUGUAUUCUACAGGUUGAACUGGUGGCUAGAGCUUGUUGUGAAUACAUGAAGUUACAUUUUCAUCCCUCCAACUGCCUGGCAGUGAGAGCCUUUGCUGAAAGUCACAACCGAAUAGACUUAAUGGACAUGGCAGAUCAGUACGCCUGUGAGCAUUUUACUGAAGUAGUGGAGUGUGAAGACUUUGUAAGUGUGUCACCCCAACAUCUCCAUAAGCUUUUGUCCUCCAGUGAUUUAAAUAUUGAGAAUGAAAAGCAGGUCUAUAGUGCAGCCAUCAAGUGGCUUCUUGCCAAUCCUCAGCAUCAUUCCAAAUGGUUGGAUGAAACACUUGCACAGGUUCGUUUGCCGCUGUUGCCAGUUGAUUUUCUUAUGGGUGUUGUGGCAAAAGAACAGAUUGUCAAGCAAAAUCUAAAAUGUAGAGAUUUAUUGGAUGAAGCAAGAAAUUACCAUCUUCACUUGAGUAGCAGAGCAGUACCUGACUUUGAAUACUCCAUUCGGACUACCCCAAGGAAGCAAACUGCUGGCGUGCUGUUUUGUGUAGGUGGUAGAGGUGGAUCUGGUGACCCCUUUCGCAGUAUUGAAUGCUAUUCUAUAAACAAAAACAGUUGGUUUUUUGGGCCAGAAAUGAAUAGUCGAAGGCGGCACGUGGGUGUAAUCUCUGUGGAAGGUAAAGUGUAUGCAGUAGGUGGACAUGAUGGAAAUGAACAUUUAGGUAGCAUGGAGAUGUUUGAUCCUCUCACUAAUAAAUGGAUGAUGAAGGCAUCAAUGAACACAAAGAGGCGAGGAAUUGCCUUGGCCUCCUUGGGAGGUCCAAUUUAUGCAAUUGGAGGGUUAGAUGACAACACUUGCUUCAAUGAUGUGGAAAGAUAUGACAUAGAAUCUGAUCAGUGGAGUACAGUGGCACCAAUGAAUAGUCCCCGUGGAGGAGUUGGCUCUGUGGCUCUUGUAAAUCAUGUUUAUGCAGUAGGUGGCAAUGAUGGAGUAGCUUCUUUAUCUAGUGUGGAGAGGUAUGAUCCACAUCUGGACAAGUGGAUAGAAGUUAAAGAAAUGGGUCAACGAAGAGCAGGCAAUGGAGUUAGUGAGCUCCAUGGUUGCUUAUACGUUGUUGGUGGUUUUGAUGAUAAUUCUCCUCUGAGUUCAGUUGAGCGGUAUGAUCCUCGAAACAACAAAUGGGAUUAUGUAGCAGCACUUACCACUCCCAGGGGUGGAGUGGGGAUUGCAACAGUGAUGGGCAAAAUCUUUGCAGUUGGUGGGCAUAAUGGCAAUGCAUACUUAAAUACAGUGGAAGCAUUUGAUCCAGUGUUGAAUAGGUGGGAGCUGGUUGGAUCUGUGUCUCACUGCAGAGCUGGAGCAGGCGUAGCUGUGUGUGCCUGUUUAACUAGCCAAAUUCGAGAUGUAGGUCAUGGAUCCAAUAAUGUGGUUGAUUGUAUGUGAUAUGAGCUCCAGCCACCAACAGUUUGGUCAUAUUUGAUAGACAAGAAGGACAACCAGGAUCUUGUUUGACCACCUUUGAAUAGUUUUCACUAUUGCUAGAGUCUUAUUUUAAAUGGAAACUGUUGUAUUGUGACUAAGUGCAACAUUUAGAAUGGUAGCUGAAGAUCUGUUGUAAUAAAAGUAAAUUUGAUACUUCCCGCUUUAGCAAAUAAUGGGAUAGGGAAGAAAAACAAUCUAACCUGAAACCAUGCCUCCUCUGAAAAAUGUUUAAAGUAGUACCAAAACCUGGAAAUCCCUCUUUAAAGACAUUUUGGAUAAAUCAAAAUGUAGAAUGGAAUCAUUUCCAUUUUACCUGAGUUUUACCUUCUCUUUUGCCUAAAAGUGUUAACUGUAGGCAGUGGACUUUUCCUAGAGGGGAGAUUAGAACCUAUUCAUCAACACAAGUAUGUCCGGACACAUAAAAGACUGCUCCUUUUGAAGAUCAUUUCUACUUGGUGCUGAUGAAUUUAUGCCUUGCUUUUUUCUAGAUGUCAAUUUUUCAAUUUCUUGGAUAUUUAUAGAAGUAGAAAAAAUGUUUACUCUUUCUCAGUGCCACUUGGCUGGAUUUUCAGAAGCUUUAUGGGAGUGCUGUAAGAAGCUCUUAAUUUCAGUUUGACUUGUGUAGGGCACCAAAUAUCUAUCUGAACUAAUCCCAUCUGAAUAAAUCUACACUUUUAUUUUGUCAUCUCAUGCAAAAAGGAUUUGUUUCAUAUUAGCAAAAAUUGAACCAGAAGAAAUAUUAGAGGAGAAGGCUUUAGAGUUGAUAUUACUCUAUUGUCCAUUUGAGAGACCUUGAGAAGAAAUGGUGCCGAUUACAUGACUCCCUGAGAGGAAUCUGAAAAUAUUUCUUUGAUUUAAUCAUUUGGUUUUGAGCCCAGGAUUAUUACCUUUCCAUUUUGCUCUUUUCCACCAUCCUGGUUUUUUAAAAAAACUGGAAUUUGGAUGUAUUUAUUAUCAGAAAAUGAAUGCAUUUUUACAAAAAUUCUUUAUAGAUUAUGGUUUACUGAUUAGUUCAAGUCCAUUAUUACCAAUAAAAGACAUUGUUAAAAACAGAG